AUGGAGCAUCUAAACAUUACACCAACCAGCAGCAGCCAACACUCCACCAAGAUUAGGGAGCGCGAUCUACUCAGAUUGCUCAUGACAAGGGAAAUGGCAACUGCUGAAUCGUCUCCAGUAGAGGAAGGAGUCACUCGCAAAGUAUCUUUUGAGGAUGAGGAUUUUGACGUGGCUGUCAAAAGUCCAAGAGGUCUGGAUGUAUUCGAUUCCUUUCGACUUUCUCCUCAUUCCAAAGAGAACAAAAUAUCAUCCUAUGCAAGAGAAACAAUCGUUGAGCCAGACCUGUCGGCAUUUUGGCAGUCCAACAUUGCAGUAAAACUUUUUUGUCCGGAACCGAAUGAAACUCCAGAGGAUGCGGUCAACAAGAUGAUUGACAUUCUCGAGCGCGCCACCACACAUCCCAAGAACUGCUGGUCUAUCGUUAAGGGAAGUCGAAGUGAUCUGAGGACGCUAAAGGAUGAAGACCUGUUUAGAGUAUUCACUAAGGCUGUAUACAUCAAAGAGACCUUGUAUCUCUCCCGAUCCACAAUCAAUGAGGGCAAUGCACGCUUUAGUUUUCGAAAAUGCUGCAAUCAAGUUGUUCAGAAUAUGGGAGGGCUAGUGAAACCUCAUGAUAUCACUGCUGGGUAUACUGUUGGAGAGUGGUUUCGCGACUUUCGAAGAGGCAGAGGGUUCACCCAUUACAAGUGCCAAUCGUCGUCGUCGUCGUCGUCCUUGCAACAAGAAGUGGCUCCGUUGCUGACGUUUUUCGAUGAAGAACCAGAUCUCUACAAGGUCUUCAAGUUUCAGUUGGUUUCAGAUAUAGCACGGUUAUCGGCAAAAAGAGCACUUUACAUGUUCUUGAAGAAUAUUAUUCCAAUGGCAUCCUCCAAGCGUCGGUGUGAAUCAGACGAUAUCAUUUUAGACUACGGAUUGGACGGUCUGCAGCAAUGGCAUUUCCAUGAAUGGCUGAAGGAUCAGGACUUUGUAGGCGAAACGUGUUCCGAUAGUGGUGAGAUCGUGUGGACCUAUAUGGAAACGGUUGACAUGUGA